AUGCCGGUGAAAAGCUACUUGCGGGUGUUCACCUACAAUGAUCGCCUGGGAUGGGCUCUCAAUGUUAUCGCCUUUGUCUGCAUGAUAGCCUCUGGCACACUGCUCCCCUUGAUGGACCUAAUCUUCGGUAAAGUCGUGUCUGUCUUCAACGACUUCGCCGCCGGAGCGCUCAGCCCAGUGAAAUUCCGCUCUGACGUGAUGGACUACACGCUUUGGUUCAUCUACCUCUUUAUUGCCAAGUUCGUCUUGACAUAUACUUGGAAUGUCCUCGUUUCUAUUUCUGCAAUUCGCACAACUAAGAACCUCCGAGUGAGCUUCUUGCAAGGGGUACUACGCCAGGAGGUUGGCUACUUCGAUUCUCCGGAGGCAGGCUCCAUCACUGGUCAGAUUACUACUAAUGGCAACCUUGUCAAUGGUGGCAUCUCCGAGAAACUUGGUUUAAUUAUCCAGGCGGUAUCGACAUUCGUGACUGCGUUCGUAGUAUCCUUCUCGGUGCAGUGGAAGCUCACACUUAUCAUUGUGUGCAUUGUGCCGACGAGUCUUAUCGUUACAAUGGUGACUCUCGCGAUGGAUACCAAGUAUGAGCAGGAGGCCAUGGGUCUUUACGCGAAAGCCGGCCUGGUGGCUGAAGAGGUACUUUCGAGCAUCCGCAACGUCCAUGCUUUUUGGACAUAUGACUUCAUGUCCAAGCGAUACGAGGCGAUCCUGGAGCAAGCGAAAUCGGUUGGACACAAAAAAUCGCCCAUCCUAGCCGUCUUAUAUUCAUUCGAAUUCUUCUGCAUCUACGCGGGAUAUGCUCUUGCCUUCUGGCAAGGCAUCCGCAGAUACGCGAGCGGCGAAAUCAGCGAGUCAGGAAAAGUUGUCACUGUCAUCUUUGCCAUGGUCGUCGCAGCUCAGGCUCUCACGCAGGUGGCGCCGCAAAUUGUCCAGAUUUCUAAGGCUGCUGCGGCCGCAGAUGAGAUAUUUCGGAUCAUUGAUCGCGUAUCCAAGAUUGACCCUCUGUCAUCUGGAGGUAUCAAACCCGACAGCUGUCAUGGAUGUAUUGAAUUCCACGAUGUUACCUUUUCGUAUCCAUCUCGAUUGAGUGUGCCGAUCUUAAAGAGAUUGAGUUUGUCAAUCCCAGCCAACAAGACUACCGCGUUAGUCGGCACGAGCGGUUCCGGUAAAAGCACUAUCAUCGGUCUUAUCGAGCGAUGGUACGCGCCUUCUACGGGUGCAGUCACACUGGACGGCCACAAGAUUGAAGAUUUGAAUUUGAACUGGCUACGGACUAACGUUCGCCUGGUCCAGCAGGAGCCUAUUUUAUUCAGCGGAAGUAUAUUUGAGAACGUAGAACACGGGCUAGCAUCGACAGAACUGAGAGGCCUACCGCGAAGCGAGAAGCAAAGACUUGUUCAGGAAGCUUGCAAGGCGGCUUUUGCCCACGACUUUAUCGACCAAUUACCGGAGGGUUACGAUACCCAGCUUGGGCAACGCGGUUCCAUGCUUUCCGGAGGUCAGAAACAACGGAUCGCCAUUGCGCGCAGCAUCAUUUCGAAUCCCCGCAUUCUCCUGCUGGACGAGGCUACAAGUGCAUUGGAUCCAAAUGCAGAACGAGAGGUACAAAAAGCGUUGAAUAACGUAGCCUCUGAAAGGACGAUGGUUGUGAUCGCACACCGCCUGUCUACUAUCCGCAAUGCUGACAACAUUGUGGUCAUGUCGCAUGGUGAAGUUAUCGAGCAGGGCACUUAUAGCGAGCUUAUUGCUCAAGGCGGCCAGUUCGCAAGACUUGUCCAGGCUCAGAAUCUAACACACGGCGCCGUGGAUACCAGUCAGCAGGAUAAAGUUCAAGAUGGCAGUGACCUAGGUUCGGAACUAACGGAGGUCCCCUCUAUUACGAACUCAGCGAACUCGGUGUCGGCUGCUCCCGAGAAACGCGAAAGUAGACUACGUUACAGACUAGCAACUUGCGUUGCCAUCGUUCUCCAUGAGCAGCGGGCUUUAUGGCCAAUCUUGACCAUCGGUUUCGCAUGCUGCCUGGAUGCAGGCCUGACUUAUCCUGCUAUCGCGAUUAUCUUUUCUAGGGCUAUAAAUGCCUUCGAUAAUCGAGAGGAUGGUUCAAGUAGUCGUGGAGAUUUCUACGCCCUUAUGUUCUUUGUGGUGGCACUGGCGAAUGUGCUGGCUUACGCGAUUUUCGGCUGGGUGAGCAAUGUUGUAGCCCAGCACAUCCUCAAGAGCUAUCGUCUUGAACUCUUCAGCAACAUUAUGCGGCAGGACAUGGCAUUCUUCGACUAUCAAGCUCAUUCUACCGGCGCCCUGGUGUCGCGCUUGUCUGCUGAACCACAGAAUAUCAUGGAACUUUUUUCUAUGAACCUCGGGAUGAUUUUUGUUAACAUCGUCAACGUGGUCUCUAGUUGUGUUCUGGCUAUAGCAAUCGGCUGGAAAUUGGGCCUUGUACUUACCUUUGGUGCUCUGCCUCCAUUACUGGCGGCAGGUUACGUGAGAAUUCGUCUUGAAUCCAAAUUGGAUGAGGAUACCAACGAACGGUUUGCUAACAGCGCUGGACAUGCUACGGAAGCCACUCUUGCAAUACGCACCGUUGCCUCCCUUGCGCUAGAAGGCUGUACGAUCGAUAAGUUCAGCCAUUCUCUACAGGGGAUUGCUGAGAGAUCAUUGAAGGUUUUGGUUUGGAAUAUGUUCUGGUACUCACUCAGCCAGUCCAUAUCAUUUUUGGCGAUGGCACUUGGCUUCUGGUAUGGCGGUCAACUUCUAUCGACAGGCGAGUAUAGUUCCAUCCAGUUCUUCACGGUUUUCAUAGCGGUCAUCUUCUCUGGGGAAGCGGCUGCCAUGUUUUUCCAAUUCACUACAAGUAUCACGAAGGCACGUACCGCAAUCAACUAUAUAUUGACCAUAAGAUCGCAUGUCAAUCCCAGUAUGGAAGAUAGCCCUUCUGAGAAAGAUGAGACAGGAGAUGGACGUGGCGCAGCUAUCGACCUGCAGGAACUUUAUUUUGCAUAUCCACAGCGCCCACUUUUACAAGUCUUACAGGACAUUGAUACACAUGUUGAGCCUGGCACAUUUGUUGCCUUCGUUGGUCCCUCCGGCUCUGGUAAGAGCACAAUAAUCAAUUUGCUGGAGCGCUUCUAUGAGCCGACUUCUGGGAGGAUUUUAUACGAUAAUUCUGAUGCGACUGCAAGAAAUCUGAGCCUCUACCGGUCCGACAUUGCUCUCGUCCAGCAAGAACCAGUACUCUACCAAGGAUCGAUUCGGGACAAUAUAGCUCUUGGCCACGUUUCGUCCAUUCCACCAUCUGACGAGGCCAUUAUGGCAGCUGCUGAAUCGGCAAACAUCCACGACUUCAUCCUUUCUUUACCCGAGGGGCUCAACACCCCCUGUGGUGCUCUGGGCACGCAGCUCUCAGGAGGCCAGAGACAGCGGAUUGCAAUUGCCAGGGCAUUUAUACGGAACUCACGUCUCCUGCUUCUGGAUGAGGCCACAAGCGCCUUAGAUACGGAAAGUGAGAAGGUGGUCCAGGCUGCAAUCGACCGGGCUUCGGAUGGUCGGACGACUAUUGCAGUGGCGCACCGUCUAAGUACUAUCAGGGACGCUGAUUGCAUUUUCGUCUUUUCAAAGGGUCACAUUGUUGAGUCGGGAAGUCAUUCUAAGCUGCUCAAUUUGAGAGGCCUGUACUUUGAAAUGAGCAUGGGACAGAGCUUGGGUCAAUCGGCGUCCUGA